CUGAUUAGUUGAAGCGACGUCACAAAAACAUACAUUGCGUGACAUUUUUUGUUAAAAAAGUAUCGUAAGCUUCGUUUGUAGACACUAUUUUUCUCUAAAGAUCACAGAAAACUUAAAAACUACGGAUAACUUUGCACCUGACUCGAGCUACUGGCUAACAAUAAUUUAUAGUUGUACUUAUUCGUACGAUUAUACAAGUCUCCAGCGUCACAAGAGGCCGCAUUACAGGUGAAAUAUGUUGCCGGAGCCCGGAGUCCCGGAGUAAGGGCUGUUUUCCGCAAGAGAUAAACUUCUAAAAGAAACAUGCAUCGGAAUUUUGCCUUUCUGACACGGAACUUUCAAGUGAUAAUAAGAAGAUCCUAUGCUCGUUCUCAGAUUAGAGUUAGAUUUGCUCCCAGUCCCACAGGCUAUUUACACCUUGGAGGACUGAGGACAGCACUGUACAAUUAUUUGUUUGCUCGCUCAAAAAAUGGCUGUUUUAUCUUGAGGAUAGAGGACACAGAUCAGACUAGAGUUGUACCUGGUGCUAUGGAGCAACUUCACAGUGAUCUCAUGUGGGCUGGAAUAAUCCCAGAUGAGGAUCCAAUCAGAGGUGGUCCUGUUGGUCCAUACGUUCAAUCAAAGAGGUUGGAUUUGUACAAGGAGCAUGUGGAGAUUUUGCUGAAAAAUGGCUCAGCUUACAGAUGUUUUUGUUCUGAGACGAGAUUAAAACUGUUAAGAAAUACGGCAGUGAAAGAAAGUCAGACUCCAAAGUAUGAUAAUCGUUGUAGACAUUUUAGUGAUGAAGAAGUGAAAGACAGACUCAAGAGAGGACAAACUUAUUGUAUUAGAUUUAAGCUGACACCAACGCCAGACCCAUUUAAAGAUUUAAUUUAUGGUGAUAUAACUUAUAACGUGUCUGUGAAUGAAGGAGAUCCUGUUAUUUUUAAAACAGACGGAUUUCCUACUUACCAUUUUGCAAAUGUUGUGGAUGAUCAUCUAAUGGAAAUCUCACAUGUUCUUAGAGGAGUCGAGUGGCAAAUGUCAACCCCAAAGCAUUUACUUCUUUACAAAGCGUUUGGGUGGACCCCUCCUCAGUAUGGCCACUUGCCUUUGAUUUUAAAUUCAAAUGGUACAAAGCUGUCAAAAAGGCAGGAUGACAUAAGAGUGGAUUAUUACAGGAAGGAUGGAAUUUUGCCUUUACCAUUACUUAAUUAUAUAACUCUUGCUGGCAGUGGUUUUGUUCGUGAUAAAGGCCUUUCUCAUUGCUAUAGUUACCAAGAAUUAAUCAAAUCUUUUGACAUUAACAAGAUAAAUGUCAAUUCUAGUAGACUAGAUCCAAUAAAAUUAAUGGAAUUCAAUCAAUUAGAAAUUUCAAAUCUCGUUAGUAAUAAAGAAAACCACAAGUUCUUAGUUGAAAGAAUUACCAAACUUGUUAAAGAAGCUUUUUCCGAUAGAGCAUUGGACGAUAGUUUGAAUUUAAAUCCAGAUCACAUAAUAGCGACGCUAAAAUGGGCCCAGCACAGAAUUACAAAGCUCAGUGAUUUGGUCAAGUCAGAUUUAAAGUUUUUGUGGGUGAAACCUAACGCAGGAAAAGACCUUAAGUACUUGGAGGCAGUAGAUGUACUAAGUAAAAAACUUGAAGGCCUUGAACGUGAUCAUUUUUGUAAAGAAUCUUUGUUAACUCAUUUAAAAGAAUUUUCUAAUAACAAUAACGUACCGUUUGCUGACUUGAUGAAAACCUUGAGAAGUCUUUUAAGUGGAUUGAAGGAAGGUCCAGGAGUUGCAGAAAUGAUGGAAAUUUUAGGUAGAGAUACAACGUUGAAUCGCUUAAAGCGUAAUGUUACUUGAAUAAAAUUUCUUCAGCAUUUUUAUCGUAAAUAAAUGCAAAUAGCAAAUUUUAUUUUUAU